AUAACUGUGAGCCAGUUUUAGACAGCUCUAAUUUAAUUUUGAGCUUUAGUAGGGUGAGGCAGUCAUGAGAGAGUUUAGCAUCUUCUCCAUGUGGAUGUUUAUCAACCUGGUGCUGCUGGGGAGCUCAUCAUGUGCUGAUGACACAGGUGUUGUGAAUCCCUGUUGUUACUACCCGUGUCAGAACUCAGGAGUCUGUGUGAGAUUUGGUACUGAUCUCUUCAAAUGUGACUGUACUCGUACCGGCUUCUAUGGAGAAAACUGCACUGUUCCUGAGUUCUGGACCAGAGUUCAUCUAAUGCUGAAGCCCAGCCCUAAGGUGGCUCAUUACAUCCUCACCCACUUCCAGUGGUUCUGGUACCUUGUCAACAACUCUUUCUUGCAAGACACCAUUAUGAGAUUAGUGCUGACGGUCAGAAGCAACAUCAUACCAAGCCCUCCGACCUACAACACCAAAUAUGGAUACCUGAGCUGGGAGUCGUACUACAACGUCUCCUACUACACCCGUCUCCUCCCUCCUGUACCUGAAGACUGCCCUUUGCCCAUGGGAACUAAAGGUAAACCUGUUCUUCCUGAUCCCAAAGUGCUGGCUGAGAGGUUUUUUAAAAGAACCAAAUUUCGACCAGAUCCUCAAGGAACCAAUCUGAUGUUUGCCUUCAUGGCCCAACACUUCACCCACCAGUUUUUCAAGACAAACCAUGACGUUCAUGGGGGCUUCACCAAGGCUAUGGGACAUGGGGUAGAUGCGAGCAAUAUUUAUGGAGAAACCCUCACACGCCAGCUUCAGCUCCGGCUUCAUAAAGAUGGAAAACUGAAAUAUCAGUUAGUAAAAGGUGAGAUGUACCCACCUACAGUAGCCGAGGUCCCUCUGCACAUGGUGUAUCCUGCAGGUUUCUCUCCAGAGCAGCGUCUGGUCACUGGUCAGGAAUUAUUUGGUAUGCUGCCAGGCCUUACCAUGUACGCCACCAUAUGGCUGAGGGAGCAUAACAGAGUCUGUGACAUCCUUAAGGCAGAACAUCCCACCUGGGAUGAUGAACAGCUGUUCCAGACCACCAGACUCAUCAUCAUCGGAGAAAUUAUAAACAUUAUAAUAGAAGAGUACGUGCAGCACCUGAGUGGUUACCUGCUGAAGCUGAAGUUUGAUCCCUCCCUGCUCUUCAGUGAACGUUUCCAGUACAGCAACCGCAUUGCUCUGGAGUUCUGCCACCUCUACCACUGGCACCCGUUGAUGCCUGACAGCUUUCUCAUCGAUGGAGAUGAAAUCCCAUACUCCCAGUUUUUGUACAACACCUCACUGCUUAUGAAUUAUGGGGUGGAGAAGCUGGUGGAUGCUUUCUCUCGACAACCUGCAGGACAGAUAGGUGGAGGUCGCAACUCUCAUGAAGCGGUGCUGAAAGUGGCAGAAAUGGUCAUCAGAGAGUCUAGAGUAGUACGUGUGCAGCCCUUCAAUGAAUACAGGAAGAAGUUUAAUCUAAAACCAUACACGUCUUUUUAUGAAUUCACUGAUGACAUAGAAAUGGCCAGAGGUUUAGAGGAACUCUACGGGGACAUUGAUGCUUUGGAGUUUUACCCCGGAAUCCUACUGGAGAAAACACGUUCUAACGCCAUAUUUGGUGAGAGUAUGGUGGAGAUGGGUGCUCCCUUCUCCCUGAAGGGUUUGCUGGGAAACCCUAUCUGCUCUCCAGAAUACUGGAAGCCCAGCACCUUUGGGGGCAUGACGGGCUUCAAUAUUGUCAAAACCUCCACUCUGAGGAAAUUGGUGUGCCUCAAUACCAAGUGGUGUCCGUAUGUAGACUUCCAUGUUUCACGAAAUGAGGACAAAGUAACACCAAGGAAAACAUCUACUGAACUUUAACAAAUAUUUACCUGAUGGCCACUGACUGCGGAGGAUGCCAGACCAUAACUGUCAGUCUUCUCUGAAUCUGUUACGGUACCUCCUGAAAAUGCAGCUGAUAAAUUACAUUCUGUAUUUUCUGAAGAUGUAUUGCCAUUUAGCAAGUAGGUUCCUCUGAACUUCAGAAAUGUAUUUUCUUUUGCUUAUGGUGUAACAGCUUGACUAUUUCACCUUGUUCCUUUCUGUGGUGGCAUUACAUAGCCUAAUGUUCUUGAAGAAAAACAAACAAAACCCUAACAUUAAGACAAAUACCUUUUCAAAGAAGAGAGUGAAUCCACUGAAUUUUAAAUUUGAGGAAAUAAUGUAUGAAAUCUAAGAAGUAAUGAUCUGCGAACAUUAUUUGUUUUUCAUUUUAGCUGACACCAUAUGUCAUGUAUAAUCUGUUCAAUAGAAAAUGCUGACAUUUUAAAAUAAAAGUUA